AUGACUGGCUACAUGGUAAAGGACAUAUGUAAUGAAUUGGAAGUUCGUACUUUAUGUCAUAAAAUUUUGCAAAAUGUUUCAAUAUUAUUAAAUGCUGAUCGUGGUUCAUUGUUUUUGGUGCAAGGACGUUGUGGCGGUGGCAGUGAUGGACCAAAGAAAUGCCUGGUGUCCAAAUUAUUUGAUGUUUGUCCACGCAGUACUGUCGAAGAAAUGGAACAACAAGAUGAGGUUCAAAUUGCUUGGGGUACUGGUAUUGCUGGUCAUGUGGCAGAAAGUGGUGAACCUGUUAAUAUACCAGAUGCAUAUCAGGAUGACCGUUUUAAUUGUGAAAUCGAUACAUUGACCGGUUAUCGCACCAAAGCACUACUAUGUAUGCCAAUUAAGGAUUCGUCGGGUGAUGUCAUUGGUGUGGCACAAGUCAUUAAUAAAUUAAAUGGAGAAUAUUUCUCAGAAACUGAUGAAAAGGUUUUCGCUUCCUAUUUACAAUUCUGUGGUAUUGGUCUACGCAACGCUCAACUCUACGAGAAAUCACAGUUGGAAAUCAAACGUAAUCAGGUAUUGCUCGAUUUGGCACGCAUGAUCUUCGAAGAACAAAGUACCAUUGAACACAUGGUCUUUCGUAUAUUAACCCACAUGCAGAGUCUAAUACAAUGCCAAAGAGUUCAAAUACUGCUGGUGCAUGAAGCAUCGAAGGGUAGUUUUUCGCGAGUAUUCGAUUUUGAAGCGAAUGAUUUGAGUGAGGAAGAGUCAACGAAUCGUACGAGUCCAUUUGAAUCGAGAUUUCCCAUAAAUGUGGGCAUAACAGGUCAUGUAGCAACAACGGGGGAGACUGUUAAUAUACCAAAUGCUUAUGCCGAUGAUCGUUUUGAUCCCAGUGUUGAUGAGAAUACCAAUUUCCAACAUAAAUCCAUUUUAUGUAUGGCCAUCAAAAACUCAUUGGGUCAGAUUAUUGGUGUUAUACAAUUAAUAAAUAAGUUUGAUAACUUGACCUUUACGAAAAAUGAUGAAAAUUUCGUUGAAGCUUUUGCCAUUUUCUGUGGCAUGGGCAUUCAUAAUACACACAUGUAUGAAAAGGCUAUUGUGGCCAUGGCUAAACAAAGUGUUACUUUGGAGGUUUUAAGUUAUCAUGCUUCGGCUACCAUAGAUGAGGCUCAUCGUUUAAGGGUAAGUUUAUUCUGCUAACUAUGUACAAUAGCU